AUGACAGGCUAUGAGUACCACAGGAAGCUCCUGUUACAGGAGGGAAGAGCAAACUGCCUGGUUAUAACAUGUGGCAACCUGCUUGUAAUAAUGUCCAUUGUUUAUUUCAAACAGCUCCACACUCCUACAAACUAUCUCAUCCUCUCUCUGGCUGUUGCAGACCUGCUUGUGGGAACUUUAGUCUGUCCCUUUAGCAUGGCACUCACUGAAUCUUCAUGUUGGUAUUAUGAAAGUUUGCUUUACAGAUAUUAUGCAGUGUGUCAGCCUCUGACAUAUACAACAAAAAUGAAUGACCAUGUUGCGACCAUCAUGAUCCUGGUGAGCUGGACUGUUUCUGUUGUGAUUGGAACUGGUGUGAUGAUAGCGGGAUUUCAGAAAGGGAACUGUGAGGACAGUUGUUCAUUUGAUAUUCAAAUAAGGCCCAUUUUUGGAUGCAUUGCAUCUUUUUAUCUCCCAGCAAUUGUCAUGCUCUGUGUCUACCUGAGGAUUUUCCAGGUGGCACAGAAACAGGCUCACAGCAUCCACAACACAACCCAUCAGAGCACAAAGUCUGGUGCAACUGUCAGUAAGAUGGAGAGAAAGGCCACCAAAACUCUGGCUAUUGUUAUGGGAGUUUUUCUGAUAUGUUGGACUCCUUUUUUUCUUUGCAUUACCUUCCAGCCAGUAAGUAAUUAUGGAAUACCGGUUUCUGUCAUUGAAAUAUUUAGUUGGCUUGGAAGGUCAAAUUCAAUGCUGAACCCAUUUGUUUAUGCUUUCUUUUACCGCUGGUUCAGGGGAGCUUUCAGAAUGAUCAUUUCUGGGAAAAUAUAUCAGGGUGAUUUUGAAAACUCAAAGGCUCCUUUAAUGUCUUAUUCAUUGAGCUGA